AAGAAGGAAACUGUCCAAGUUAUUGGUUCAGAACAAAGACAGACUUUCCCAAAUGGUUGGAGCUUGGAAGAUGAAGCUACAAACACAAACUAAACAUGGAUGCAAAACCCUCAGCCAUCCUUUUAAGUGCAAAACGCUCAAGUUACUCAACUCUUCCAUGUAAAUAUGGAUUUGGGGUCUCCGCAAGUGUUGAAAUGCUCAGAGAGGGUCUCUAGAAGCCUGGAUCAACACUGAGCACCGCCUUGCAAUAAACUUCACUCACUUAAUCUUAGCGUCAAUUCUUCCAUCCAAGUUUCCGGGUCACCAUUAUUGCUGGAUUUUGACAGAAUGCAAAGGAAAGUUGUGUCUCUUGUCACACAACCCAGUUCUGCUUCAGGCAGGAACAUUUGGGGGCAUUUCUGUUUGUUUCGGUGGUUCUGGGACUAAACGAGACUCUCCGAAUUCUUGUAGUUCAUUUCUAAGAGGGCAGAAAGGAUGAGAAAGCACCGUAAGCCUCACAUCGGAGCACAAAAUAGCAGCCCGAUUUGUGGAAGGAAGUGGUGUCCUUUGAGAGACCUGUUCUCACAGGCAGGCUGCCAAUUUGGGGGGCUGCAGAAGGAGCCUCGGGUUGAUCAGAGGACGGAGUCCCAGCACAUCCGGACGAGCUGUGAUGGAGGCUGGGCUCAGUUGAGGAAAGAAGCGAAUUUGGAAGUUUGCAACUCGAUCCUUCUUUGUGGAACAAAACAAACUCAGUAAACAAGAGGAGCCUCAUCCAAAUUGCACUUUGCUGAAAGGGAGGCCAUCUUCCAACUGUUUUUUUUUUUAUGAGGGCAGCUCAUUUUAGGGCAUCUCCCAGCCCAGGGAAGGGAAGACGAAGGAAGGCAUCCUGGCUGUUCUCCUUCCCACAACUGAGAUUUUUAUAAAUAAUUCCCCAUAUGGUUAUGAUGUUAUGUCAUUUGGGAUGAAUCGUCAGAUAGGCAAUGAACACGGGGACCACCAUGUGCUUCCUCCUCGGAUUUCGCAGAGUAUCCGGAGGGGAACUUUUUGAUUUCCUGGCCCAGAAGGAGUCACUGAGUGAGGAGGAAGCCACACAGUUCAUUAAGCAGAUCCUGGACGGGGUCAACUACCUGCACACCAAGAAGAUCGCCCAUUUUGAUUUAAAGCCUGAGAAUAUUAUGCUGCUGGACAAGACCCUCCCCAUUCCUCACAUAAAACUGAUCGAUUUUGGUCUGGCCCAUGAAAUAGAAGAUGGAGUGGAGUUUAAGAAUAUUUUUGGGACACCAGAAUUCGUGGCUCCAGAAAUCGUCAAUUACGAGCCACUGGGACUGGCAGCUGAUCUGUGGAGCAUUGGAGUCAUCACUUACAUAUUGCUGAGUGGUGCUUCUCCGUUCCUUGGAGAGACCAAGCAGGAGACGCUGGCUAACAUCACUGCCGUCAGCUAUGAAUUUGAUGAAGAAUUCUUCAGCCACACCAGUGACCUGGCAAAAGAUUUUAUCCGGAAGCUUCUGGUGAAAGAUCCACGGAAACGACUCACAAUCCAGGAAGCGCUCAGGCACCCCUGGAUCAAGUCCAAAGAAGGCUCCAAAGUCCAAGGCCACAGGAGAACCGAGCACAGGCCGCUGAAGACCAAAUGGCUGAGAGAUUACACCAUCAAAAACCACUCCAGCAUUCCUCCAAACAACACCUAUGCCACCUUUGAACGCUUUGCCUGUGUAGUGGAGGAGAUCUCUGGUAUGGAGAAGAGUGUCGGCACCCUGGCAGCCUCCCACGACUCCUUGCAGGGGGACAUUGAUGCUCUGGUCUCCAUCUACAACGAGAAGGAAGCUUGGUACAAGGAGGAACAUGAAAGCGUGAAGCACGAGCUUUCCCAACUGAAGUACGAAUAUCGCAAGAUUGACUCCCUGAAGAAGCACCUGAAGGAGGACGUCCAGGCAGUGGGUGCCAACCUCGCUGGGGUCACAGGGAGGUAUAUGGGCCUGCAGUCACACUACGAACGGCUGAGCAAGGAACUGUCGGAAGAACUCCAGUGGAUCCAAGACUUAAUGGGCAGCUUCUGGUCCGAGGGCAGCGACGAGGGCUAUGUGCCGGCCAGCUUCGGCUGCGUCUUCCAGAAGGACCUCAAUGAGCUGCUGAACAGGUCCUGCUAUGAAGAAUUCCUGGCGGCCUUAAAUCUGGGCAUGACAAAAUCCAGUCAGUGAUGCUGCUGAAAACAAAGAUAUUUACGCUGCUGUUUCAGUCCAAAUCAGUGAGGAAUUGCUUGGACGGGAGCCUGCUCCCAUUCAGGAAGCCUGUGUGCGGAACUCACACAAUUGGGUUUAUUUUUGAACAAUGUUAUUUGACAGACCCUUGUUACCACUGUAUUUGUAUAUAUUUUUGUCCCUGUGAAAAUACGUCCUGGUGGAGAUGCCUUGGGUUCUGGAUAUUUGUGCCUCCCUUGGUUGCGUCCCAAUUAAUUUCUAAUAAGGCUUUGGAUCUUUUUUUUCAAAGCUUGCCCUAUUUUUAUCCUUUGGAAGAUGCCCUGAGCUUACCCUCACAACUGAAGGCCUCCUCAAGACUUGACUGUAGUUCAGCAUCCUUACCUUAAAAGCUUUUUAUUUAUUGCUGAAUUGCUGCUGUAAAUAGGCAUUGAUUUUCUUUUGUUUUGAAAUUCUGUAUGAAAGUAUUUUUUAAUAAUGGAGCUAGAUGUGAAGUCUCUUGGGUUCUGCAAAGCACUCUCUGCAGGCUUUCUGGGUGAAAGUCAAUCUUGCAAAUACCUUGGAGAAUAAACAGAGGAUUCAGAAUAAAUUUGCACACAUCCCUGUCACCUCACAUGUGCUGCUGCAUAAGGCAGGACCUUCAGCCCGGACUAUUAUCUCAUUCCAAAGAAACAAACCGCUUCCUCCCAGUUAAGACAUCAGAUCUCUCUGUAACGGGAGAACUAAUUUUUGUAUACAGAUAAUUGGAAAAUGAACGAGAGAGCGACAUGGAAGAUGCACUAUCUGGUAUCUCCUCCAGAGAGCUUAAAUUCUGCCAACUCUGUAACUAAUCUCAGAACGAGACUCAAUAAAUAUUUGUUUAGUGCAA